ACUUAGCAUAUAUUUGCAAGGCAAAUUAGUAAUAAUUGCAUAUUUGUGUUAAGAAUUCAAAGUACGAACGCAGCCCUCUUGACAGAAGUGUUUGAAAAGAAAAGGUCAAGAAAAUAAAAUCAAAAUCUAAGUUUUGGCUUCUAUUAACAAGGUUCAUGGAGCUUCAACCGCUACAAAAUCAAAAUGGUGCCACAACUCAACCUGCUAAUACUAAAGUUUUCAUUCCUUCCAGUUCUAAAAAAAUGAUGAUGAUUCCAGGCAGAACAAGAUUUGGUAAGUCUUACCAAUUUACUCGUUUUGAUAAAGUCAUUUUGGUGCUCACCAUUAUUUUCAACAGUCUCAUUUUGUUGCUAGCAUUGGCAGCACUGGCUCUUGGUAUAUUUUUGAACACCUAUCGAGGAAGUUAUGCUGAUUUAUGUGGUGACAACGAGUGGUUUGUUGCUGCUGGAUUUCUGCUUGGUUUUGGUUCUGUACUUGUUAUUGCAGUUGUUAUAUCUUACAUUGCCAUAUGCACGAAAAACACCAAACUUCUAAUGAUGUUUAUUUUCACACUGAUAAUGUUGUUCAUUGGUGAGGUGACGGCAGGGAUAUAUGUGUUUGCAAGAAGAGAUCAUAUCGAAGACAGGUACCAAGCGUGCAUGAUAAAUGCUUAUCAAAACCAAUAUUUUUAUCCAUCUUACGAGCACGUCACUAAGGCCUGGGAUUUGUUUCAAAGAAGGUUUAAAUGCUGUGGUGUCCAGGAAUCACUAGAUUUCUUGAAAAACAACCGAGCACCCCCCGGCGGUCCUAAAGCGUGUGGUGGUGAUAGAGACGACGCUUUUGCACGACAAGCCUGUUUUCCAGUAAUAAAACGGGAGGUUCUUGAUAACUUCUACCUCAUUGGUGGAACGGCGUUCAUUAUUGCUGUUGUUCAGCUUAUUACGUUGCUGAGCGAUUUUGUUCUUCUACGCAUCUAUCGUAAAGUUGAAGAAUACGAAUGAAAACGCGAAAAAAUAUUGUAACCAUUAUCAAGAGAAGUGAUGUAAUAUUUUGAGUAGCAAUCUAUAUACGUUUAAUGUAGUAUAUAUUUAUCCAAGGUGGUGUCUAACUUCUAUUUAUUGCACUGUUGUGUAGAAGUUUUCAACUACCAUCAGUCUUUGUUGUAGAGGAACGGUUGUUUAAUGAGCAGUUUGCAUUAUUUGACUCAUUAUACUUUGUGUGUUGUGCCGAUCGUAAAAUUACACACUACAUGAUAUAACCCUCCUCUUUUACAUGUAUAUAAUGCUUCACCAUAUCAUCGGGUAAUUUUGCUUGUACCAUGGUGCAACACAACACACCAAGUUCUUAGAUGAUAUAUUUACGUUUUAUUGAUUAUGUAGUUUAGGUUUUAUAAGACAUUUCUAACAUAAAAGUUGUUUUUCAAUUUAAGUUUUUAAUAUAGAUGGUGCACGUUUUUGUCUCUAUCUAUAAUUACCAUAGACCUUUUUGUAAAAUUGUCUUCAUCUUAUGCAUUUACAUCUAUUGUAGUGCUGUUGAAA